AUGGAAGAUCGAAGCAAUUAUCCUCCUGCUCGUUCGCCUGACGAACCACCCCUCCCUCCCCCGAGGACUCUCAACCUCGCCAACGACUUUGAUCGUCUGUCGCUAACAACGACUGCCUCCUACGGUAGUCCUCUACUCGCGUCGUCCCCUACGCCCUCUCCUCGCUCACCUAGUCAAGCCUCGACUCGAAUGCGCAAUGUCUCCUCGACGACCCCUGCCUCCCUGAAAUCAAACACACCAGCUCUACGCAAAACACCAAGCAACGCCUCGCUUCGCGAUGAAAGACGGCUUUCUACACCCUCUCUACAGAAACGCGCUUCGACCACUUCGCUGCGAUCGGUCAGUCUCAGUAGGGAACAAGGGGCACCUUCAAGUCUAUCAAGGCGUUCCUCGUCAAAUGUCCUGGGCGCCAUGUAUUCACAAAAACCACCUAUUCCUGCGGUGGUAGAAGCGCCUACUGCCUCGUCGAUUGCUGCAGAACAUUUUAAAGCGGAGCUCACUCUGCAUCAAUCAGUAGACCUCCAGUCAAAGACGGCCGUGAUUAUUCAGGAUGCCUGUUAUGGCCACCGUUUCUCAAGACCAUACACGAGCAAGGAGGGUCUUUCAACCAUCGUCGAGCGACCUGAACGUUUGCGCGCGAGUUUGCUUGGAAUGUCCACUGCGUAUAUUCGUGUGGGGAAGCGUCAUGCUGGUUCGUCCUUUGCGCCUCGUCCAGGACUCAACAUUGACCUACUUCCACCACCACCGUUCCAAAUUCGCAAGUCUACAAGAGCGAUUCCACUAAACUCCCCAGCUGUAACCUAUGUUCAUGGCGAUAAGUGGAUGGAAGAUUUGCGGACUAUGUGCAAUGCGGCUGAAUCUCGCUUGGCUUUGAAUGGAAGAGAAAUCGUGCGACCAAGAAGCGCAGGAAAGAAGGACCCUGACGAAAAACCACUUCAUGAUGGAGACUUGUAUCUCUGCCCUGAGUCCCUAGACGCUUUCCAGGGAGCGCUAGGCGGCGUAUGUGAUGCGGUUGAUACAGUUCUGACUGAUAAUCCAACCAGACGAGCCUUUGUCUGCGUCCGUCCUCCUGGCCACCAUUGCGCUUCAACAGAUCCAUCUGGUUUCUGCUGGCUCAACAACGUCCACGUUGGUAUCACUCACGCUGCAAUGGUACACGGCUUGACCCAUGCUGCGAUCAUCGACUUCGAUCUUCACCACGGCGACGGAUCUCAGGCUAUCGCAUAUAAGCAGAAUGAGCACGCCUGGUAUCUCCAACAACGCGGAGGUGCAGCUGCCAGGAAUGCAGCCCCGCAAAAAAAGACUGCAAUCGGAUACUACAGUCUACAUGACAUCAAUUCCUUUCCUUGCGAGAAUGGAGAAAUGGAGAAAAUUGUGAAUGCUAGCGUUUGCAUUGACAACGCUCACGGUCAGUCGAUCUGGAAUGUCCACCUUGAACCCUGGAAAACACAUGAAGAAUUCUGGAAGCUGUACCGCGAUAAGUAUCUGGUUAUACUGGAGAAGGCUAAAAACUUCUUACGCUCUCAUACACAACGUCUCGAGAGUAUCGAAGGCGGACCUGCCCCCAAGGCCGCAAUUUUCAUAUCUGCAGGCUUCGAUGCAAGCGAGUACGAGGGUGCUGGAAUGCAGCGACACAAAGUCAAUGUGCCCACCGACUUUUAUGCUCGUUUCACGGCCGAUAUUGUUCGACUCGCAGAGGAGGAAGGUCUCGGUACGGGAGGGCGAGUUAUUAGUGUGCUAGAGGGCGGCUACAGCAAUCGAGCGUUGGCCAGUGGUGUUCUUAGCCAUCUUUCGGCGCUCGCAGAUACUCGAAUCUACAGCGACGCAUCUGAACAGCGAAGUGGUCUGGCUUCUGAGAUGAGUGGACGGUUGGGCUUGGGAUUGGUGGAAACGGGACAAGACUUUGCUCAAGAAGACAUUGGGCCUGCUUUUGAGACUGAUUGGUGGGCACCUGAUUUGUUGGACGAAUUGGAGCUUUUGGCAUUUCCUCCACCUGCUUUCCCCAAGAAAGCGCCAAAGUCUGGACCGACCUAUUUCUCCCCUACACAAGCAUCUACUGCAAGGGUCACGACCACGUUACGAGAGAGGAAGUCCUCAACCAAUCUGACAGCUGAUAAUUACACUACAGAGCUACUUCCUGAAGUGGGAUGGGCAACUUCUGCGCAUGAACUGUGGAAAUGCGUCAUACCCACGGACCGCGAGACUAUGAGCUUCCAGUUUGAUGAGCUCAAAGCUAGGGCUGCCGAAGCCAAAAAGAAGAAGCAAGCAAAUGUGGAACCACCUUCCACACCUUCAGGGAACACCCGUAGACAACUUCGAGUCAGGACAAGCAAGACGACCUCGCCCGACACUCCAGCCGCGAAAGCUCAAACGCCUCGUCGGGUCAGCGCCCGCAACAAUCGCCGAACCACUAUUGGGUCUGCAAGUGACUUGCCCGAGCCUUUAACAGACGCUAAAGCUGCCAAUCCGGAGCGUCGGAGACAAAGCGCUAUUGGUGCGGUUUCUGAGAACAGUGAAAACACUUCUGGUUCUGGUAGCAGAACCCCCACUCGCGCUAGUUCGCGCAUGUCGUCCACCCCGAGUCAGACACCUGCGAGUGCUGUCGUCAACAAAAAGGCAAGGGUAUCCAGUGGGUCGCGUGCUGGGACGCCGAAAAGAAAUGCAAGCCCACGAAAGGUUCCACCAUUGCCAAAAGUGCCUUCACUGUACAUGAACAAUCUCAAUGCUCCUGCUUCUACUGGUAGUAGAGCGUCAUCACAAUCCGCUAGCGAUGACGUGGCAAAGGUGAAUGAAAAUGCCGAGAACGAAAACCGCAUCGAUGAUCUAUCAGCCGGCAUGAAGAAGAUGAGUCUCAAACUCAAAGUUCCGUCACCAGAGGAGAAUGCGUUGCGAGAGAAUAAGGCUGCAGAACAACGUAAGAAGGCUACUGCAAAGAAACCCACACCCAAGCCAACCGUUCCAAAGACUGCUCGUAGUACCAAGCCAACCUCGAAAGCGGCUCCGGCCCAAUCACAGCCACCACGUAAUGUACUGCCAAAGCUAGAAAAAGGCAACGUGCACGACAGUCCUAUGAAGCUCGAGAUUCCUCCCGCGGUGCCCGCUAUUUCCGCGCCUCUCGAUAGUGGUAAAGAGAUUUCCGUGAAGGUGGAACAUAACGAUAUAUCUCCUUCUAUGAACUCGUACCAAGGAUUCUCUACCGAUGGGCUAGCAUCUCAACAAAUGGGCUUGCCACUAUCGCCGGUCUCCCCUCUUGGACUCCCACCGGCUUCGUCAGCACCAUAUUCCGGUAACGAGCCGACCAUGCAGCCUGAUAUCAUGGCCCAGCCACCGGUUUCCAUGUCUUAUACAGCCGCCCCUCAACCUGGCGGAAACCUACCUGUUUUUAGCUCUACAGGUCAUAUCCCUUUUGCUAUGACUUUCAACCAAGCACAUCCCGCACACGUUGCUGAGCCUAUCGAUCAGCCUCAAGCUCAGCCUCAGGCGGGAUACGAUGCAAACUAUCAAUUUCCUCCGCAUGUGGGUAGUGUGCAGCCACAGGAUACAGACCACCCGGCUUAUGCUCACCAGCAACACUACGAAAACCCCGAAAACGCCUGA